AUGGACGAUAUAACAAUAUUAGUAAGGGGAAAGUAUGACCAUACUAUUUCCAAUAGAAUGCAAUCUGCCCUCAACUACACACUUAAAUGGUGUGACUUGGAAGGACUAAGUAUUAACCCUUCUAAAACAGUCAUAAUACCAUUUACAAGAAGAAGGAAAUACAGUAUUGCGGAUCUGCAGCUGAGGGGAGUCCAAUUGAAGCUAUCCAAACGUACAAAAUACUUGGGUGUUAUACUUGACCAUAAGCUAAAUUGGAACGAUCAUCUAGAGUAUGCAAUCUCAAAAGCAAGCAGUGCUCUUUGGGCUUGCAGCAAUACAUUUGGUAAAAAGUGGGGACUUAAACCGAGGAUGAUUCACUGGAUCUAUUCGGCAAUUGUGAGACCCAGACUAACAUAUGCUUCGCUAUUGUGGUGGCCUAAAACUACACAAAUAACAGCUCAAAAAAUGCUUGGAAAGCUACAACGUAUGGCGUGCUCUUCAAUAACUGGAGCAAUGACCAGCACACCUUCCAAAGCUCUAGAUGCUCUUUUAUAUCUUCUACCGUUGCACCAAUUCGUACAACUUGAAGCAGAAAAAGGUGCUCUUAGGCUUAGGCGUGUUAAACACUUUCAAGAUGGAGAUCUCAAUGGACACCUACGAAUCAUCCGAGAUUUUCAAUUGAACACCCUGGUAAUCAUGAACGAAGACUGGAUGGAAACUAGGACAAACUUCGAUAUACCCUUCAAAGUAAUCGAAACCGAUCGCAGAUUAUGGGAAGAAGGUGGUCCUAAGACUCGUCCGGGAUCACUUCUGUUUUACACCGAUGGUUCUAAAAUUGGCAAAUCCACAGGAGCUGGGGUUACUGGACCAGGAAUCGACAUAUCAAUUCCAAUGGGACAGUGUCAAGCAGCUCUAAAUGCCUUAAAAGCAUACACAUGCCAGUCAAAGCUGGUUUGGGAGUGCAUCCUUUCCCUAAGACAAUUGGCUUUAACUAACAAUGUUAAUUUAUACUGGGUACCCGGUCAUGCCGGUAUAGAAAAAAAUGAAAAGGCCGAUCUCUUAGCGAGAAUUGGUUCGUCAACUGAAUUCGUUGGGCCUGAGCCAUUCUGCGGGGUGUCCACAGCCUGCGUAAAAGCUGAGCUCAAAGUCUGGGAAUCAUCAACGAUUGAUGCCAACUGGAGAGCUGUUCCAACAUUACGACAAUCAAAGCGUUUCAUUACGCCAUGUAAAAGCAUCACACGCAGCUUAAUCAGUUUGAAUAAAAUGGAUCUGAGUACGCUGACCGGUCUUUUAACCGGACACUGUCCGAGCAGAUAUCACCUUAAAAAUAUAGGUAAGCUGACAGAUGACAUAUGUCGAUUCUGUAAUUUUGAGAUCGAGACUUCAGAACAUAUACUGUGUCAAUGCAGCGCUCUAAUUCAACGAAGACUGCGUAUUCUCGGAGAGGGCGUUCUAACGCCUAGCGAGAUAUGGUCUGCUGAAACAAAAAAGAUGGUAUAUGGCAUCGAACACCUGAUGGCAUCUCCACCGAUGGUAGCUAUAGGAAGAGACCCGUUGUCUGGUCUGCCGUAUGAAACACGAAACAAUGUAGGUUCUAUUGGUUCUAUUGGCAGUGGUAAACGGAAACAUGACACAGUACAAUCUGAAAUGGCGGGACUAUCGAGAGAAGAACGGAGAAGAAGGCGUCGAGCAACUUUGAAAUAUCGUACAGCACAUGCUACACGAGAACGAAUACGAGUCGAAGCAUUCAAUGUAGCUUUUACGGAAUUACGAAAGUUGUUACCAACUCUGCCGCCGGAUAAAAAGCUGUCAAAAAUCGAAAUAUUAAAAGGCUUAACGUUCGACGACGCUUUAUGUUUUACCAGUGAUAUUAAAUUGUGUAUAUAUUUCAUGUAA